AUGUUGGGAGAGGCUCAGCUGGCAUCGAAAUCCACUUUUCCAGGCAUUAGUCUGUUACAAGACUCAUUGCUUGCAUCUCGUGGAGAGACUACUGCAGAGGCUGGCACGGAAGGCAAAGCAGGAGGAGUACAGCAGCCAGCCGCACCAGAUGCAGCCAGCACACCUCAGCCGUCCUCUCCGCAAGCUAGCGUCAGGGGAGCGCCUGAGACUUUCACAGGAAGUAUUGCUGCAACACAGCGACAAGCACCUUCGGCAUCGCAAUUUGCACAGGGCACCACUGUUCUGAAGGGAGUGACACUAGCAAUUAGCUCUGUUAUUAUUCAAGGAGUCAAAGUUACGCAAGUUGCAGCCUUUAAAGGCGGAUCUGUGUUGGCUGUUUUUAAUCUCACGACCACCAGUGCAGAAAAGGCCAAGCUUCUUCAGGACAUAUCUGACCUCGCUAAAAAUCCAGAGGCCGUUUUUGAUCUGAUAUGGGAGGCUAUUUCGCCCACAGCAGGGAAGCUGAAGCUGAAAUUGGAAUCAAGCUACAACGCGGCGGCGAGCAAGCCUAGUGUGGCAUUAACACUGGCCUUUAAACAUGUGGUGGGCACAAGGGAAAUCGUUGACACGGUAACCGCUAGCAUUCCAAAGACAAUGGUUCUAGAAUUCAAGCAGCUUGCAGAUUUUAAAGGCUGGUUGGCGGCAAAUUGCCAUCCGCCGAUCCUCAAACACGCGGAUGCCUUUCACAUUUUACGAUUAACACUGACUAGCGCGGAAAAACAAAAAAGUGAGGUCAGAGGAGAGGAGCAAGCUCUGAAGUGGCUUCAUAUGGUUGCUGCAAGAAAAGACCCGGUCUUGCCCGUGUCUGGGGAACUAGAGCGCAACGCCAUCAUCGAGAUCCCUUUCGUCGAGAACCUCACAUGGCCGUUGCUGUUGAAGCUUAGGGCUCUGGUUGACGAGUCUGCUAAGGGGCACACUCCUAUCAGCUCUUUCGCAGGAAAGAUUCCGGGGCUCAAAACGGAAAGGUUCACUGUGCCAACCUCAUGGUUCGAAUUAUCACCCGAACAACAAUAUGAACUCUGGCUAAAAGGGAGGCAACCAGGAACUACAGGGGUUAGCCCUGGGCAGCUCAACAUCACAGGGUUGUUCGGUCCUCAAUACACCGCCGGAAUUCCGCAAAUUUUCUUUUAUGAUCAUACUGGCCAGCCAUUUGGUUCCAACAAACAACGCGAUAACGUGUCACUCUUUGGAACCCGGCUUACGCCUGUCGACAAGGUUCCAGACUACGUUGCAGGACAAUUCUCACCAGCGCUAAGCGCGAAAAUCGUUUUCCCAGGAGGAAGCUCCGCAGUUCACGUUAUAAGCCCAGUGCGUGAAUGGCACAAAAUUGAAAAGCGGUAUCUCGACCUGCGCGCUGCUCUCGCUCCUAAGGAACCUGAGAAAAAUGGCGCAUUACUCAGCGUUACCAUAAACGGAAAGAUCUACCCACUUGUAGCAGAGUUUGUAGAAAUGUAUCCAACACUUCUUCAUUUACUGGCACACCUUGCUACUGAAAACCCGGCAUUUGUGGUCAAUGACAUCAGCUUAAAUUUUGGAGCAAGUGUGCCGCGUUCAGUCAAAUCCAUAUUUAUUUUGGAAACCCCUGAAGGCAUUCAGCCUUGGUGUAUGUUUCAAUACGACAUUUCAAUCACCAGAAGAAAUACAAUCAUCAUCAAAUCUCUUCUGAAGAAGGCUCGCCAAGCUGCGGAGUCUCCUGCCGGAUGCAAUAUUGUCAAUGCCAAAGGGUUACGAUUCGAAACGAUUACUGCAGUGGCAAAUGUGACGCAGAUGCAGCCUGAACUCAAGACAGAGAACAGGCAGGAGCUAAACUUCAAGGGUUCCUCAGCCGAAUGCAAGCGCUUAGGGGCAAUAUUCACUGACGCGCACAGGCGAGGCCACGCGCUUGCCCUAUACUUUAGUGCGACGCAUUUGCUAAAAGGAAGCGUGGAAAUUCCUAAAUUCGACAAGGAAGGUCGGGAAAGAAAACCUAGCAUCAAAACAGUGACGUCUAGGGUCAAAAUAAACGAAAAAUAUCCGGAUCUUCUAAAGGAUUUUCAAAGACCUUUCUGGAAGUACAAAGUGCCAACCAUGGAAUUUCCAUACGUUCAGUCUCCAGGGAAGCCGGAAGCAAGUGCUCUACCGGAAGGGUUCAUUCCAGAAGCAUGGUAUCAUCAGGCGCCUGCCAAAGUGAAACUUAUCUGGCAUCCGCAGUUCCCAAUACUUGGCGGUCGAGAUACUUUUACUGAUGGAACUGGCGCACACGUGACAGGAGAAACGGUAAACGUGCCUCUGCGCCCAGGCACUUCGGCCCUAACAGGCCCUUUUACCGUCAUACAGACUUGGCUUCGACAGCACAUCCCUCAUUUACAACUACCAGUAGAUCUUGAAAGCAUGCCUGCCGAAGAUCGCAACUCUCUAUUCAACAAGAUUGUAAUUGAAGUUGAAGGCGGCGAGAGGAUGAGGCUGAUAGAUAUUCUCAAGCCCCUUCUACACACACCAAAUUGGAAGGCACUAAAGCCUGAAGAUUUCCAAGUACCGUAUCAUCUUUUAACCAUACCGAUCAAGAACAUGUUUGUCGAGGGUGGAUUGGAUUUCGUCGUUACAACACCCAGCGGGGGACAAGAAUCGCACACAGUUCCCAUUCGUCCUGGGGAAACUUGGGAGACAGCUGCUGAUAACUUUUUCCAUCGUUAUCCCCAGUUUGAAAGAAAAACAACAAAAUUGUCUCUAUUUGACAGUGAUGGAAACCCAAUCACUCUUCGUCCGGACUCCUCGGUCUACAUAGGAGUCAAAGAAGCUAUCCAACAGCGUCGUAAGGGGUUGCAAAUUACUUUGGAGACGCCUUUUGGCAAGGUCACAGCAUGUUAUCGCCUGGACGUGGAAAAGGGCAAAUGCCUUGUUGUUUCAAUGCACACGGUGUUCUGUGGGAAGAUCAAAGGCAUCUCCGACCGCGCUGAACGCUGGCAAAAACAGUGCAACGCUGCUGAUAUGAAGAGUACAAGCGUUGAUGAGGUACAGCGUUUCAUGGAACAAACUUUGAGAGGAGCUGAUCUUGUUCGCCCAGUCAGGCUUCGUGACCUGCUGGCGCUCAUGAGGAAACACGUUGCGUCGACAAGGCCCGACUUGCUAGCACAAUUAAACUUGCCGGACCCAGCUAUUUCACAGGCGGAGAUCACGAAGAUUAAAUCUCAAAUCGAAGCUGUCAGAGCAAAGCCGAACAAGACGGCAGAAGAUUAUGAUGAAAUUCAGCGACUAAGGCGCCAAAUAAAGAUGAUUCUGGCAAAGGAAACAAAGUGGGCAGUUCCGUCAGCCCUCACAUUCUUUUAUUUGGGAGAAAAAGGGGUGGAAAGAGAUUUACGCGUGCCUAUCAAAGAUCCGGAACUAAGGCUCUCUGAUGAAUUUUGGAAAGUUUUCCACCAUGCCACCCGCCAGUCGCCUGAAGCUGCAGCAAUGGACUUUGCAAACGUCUACGAUAUUUCAUUUCGUGUGCUGGGAAUGGAAGAAAGGAAGGAGGAAAAAAGGCGAAUAAAGCAUAAAGUGAAGUUGGAGAAAAAAGAAGAAAAAGCAGCUACUCAAAUUAAGGUGAACAACAGACAAAAUACAAACAUAGAUGAAAAAAUUAAAGCUUUUCAAAGCCGCGCAAAAAUCCGAGUACGACCAAAUUUGUUACAUGUGCAGAUUAAAGUCAAGGUUGAGUUUGAUGUUGAUAACGAGGAAUCUUCUUCGGAUACUGGCGUUGAUGUCACAAUUCCCGCGGAUUUCAGCACAGGCCUGACAAUAGGAGGAAAGCGCAGCAUCGUAACGCAACUAUCCAAAAUCUACAAAAUUCCCCGAAGCUACUUUACCUUUGAAGGAUAUCCACGUGUCGUAACAGAUCCUGCAAAAGGGGAACUGCCAAUUCUUAAAGUCGCACUGCAGGCCGUUUGUUCGCGCAAAGAUGGUACUAUUGGCAUCCAGCCCAGUGAGCUUGCCCGUGUGCUCACUGAGCUUGGUGGAUAUACCGAGAAGGAUUUGAUCUUCUUGAUCACUACUUCAGGAGAAAAACUAAGAGUUUCUAUCGAAAAUGUUCGGCAAAUAGCUCCUGACAAGGCUCGCCUAUUCAUGUUUGCGGUAAGCAGAGAACUAAACCAAACUAAUUCAUCGCUCAGCAAGUGGCUAAAGAAAAGCGGAGACUCGACAGAUGGCUACCUUUGUGUUGUUUUUCAGUGGAAGCGUACGGCAGCCGAUAUCAAGGCCGCAGCUGAGGCAAAGGGAAGGGAGAGGGCAGAGGCCAUCGAAGGAGAGGUUGCCGAUCCAUUGAAUUGGAGAAACUUAUUGGGCCCUUGGUUGUCACGCACACGAGGAUUCGGACCCUUAGCUAACACGAAAAUCCAACUUGUUGUACGCAACGAUAAGGAAAAAGAUCGCGGAAACAGGAAGAGCAAAUGCCAAGUUAGCACAUUUGGAGAACUUCUAGAGCUUAUCAACCAUUUGGAAGAGCUGCUCAAGAUCUGCCCAGGGCUACAAAGAGCAACAACAAACAGGCAGCCGUUUUCCUUUGAGCUCGGAAUAAAAUCACCGCCACCUACAGGAUUUCGCCUGUGGAACCGCGCACACGGAGACCCUGAAAAGAAUAGGAGAUAUCUAGAGCGCCUGACAGUCGCUUUUGCAAAUGUGUAUGACGAAACGAAAAUUAAUUGGAAGUUCGCCAAGCACAGCGGCACAAUGACGCCAGAGCAAAUUCGUCAUAUUAGAGAUCUUCUGCAGAGUGACAAACCUCGGGAUGCUGCUCUCGUCAGAGAAAUGUUGGCAGUAUUGGGGGUUCCAGCGGACGACAUUGCAAGACUUACUGGAAGGUUAAGUAUUCUAAUCUUCCAUGAACCAACUGAUCAAGACAAGGUGUUGCUGAGAGAAGGAGUUAUAACGGUGCGCUACCCACAAACCCCGACCAGCUACUCUUCCUAA